GAACGUGUCAUGGCGUCCUCCUUGAAGGGGGUUGGGCUCACUGCUUCUUAAUAUAUUGCGAUAUUUUAUAUUCCUACGGUCAGCCGGGUGUCUCGAACGCAUUUUGAGGACAUCGUUGCACGGGACAAUGGGGACGGUGCACGCAAGGAGUAUGGAUUCGUUCCCCAUGUCUGGGCGGGACCUGGGCGUUCACCCAGAUGAUGUAGACGUGAUGGAGGCGGGGCAAGAAGCUAAGCAGGAGAUUUUAGAAAAUAAAGAUGUUGUUGUUCAACAUGUCAACAUUUCAGGACUAGGCAGAACUAAAGAGGAUUACUUGGGCUAUGAGAUCUCGGAUGUGUUCACGGCCAGGAAUCUGGUGGAAGUGAUGAGGAAAUCCCAUGAGGCCAGACAGAAAUUACUCCAUCUUGGCAUAUUCAAGGAUGUGGAGGUGGUGAUCGACAUCUCAGAAGGAGCAGACGCGCUGCCAAAUGGACUUGAUGUUACAUUUGAUGUGACCGAGCUUAAGCGACUUACCGGAAGCUACAACACUAUGGUCGGAAACAAUGAAGGCAGUAUGGUACUUGGUAUUAAGCUUCCAAACAUGUGUGGCCGAGGAGAGAGACUCACCUUUCAGUUCUCUUACGGGACUAAGGAAACAUCCUAUGGCCUGUCUUUCUUUAAACCACAGCCAGGAUAUUAUGAGCGCAACUUCACGUUGAACUUGUACAAAGUCACGGGCCAGUUUCCGUGGAGCUCACUGAGAGAAACGGACAGGGGGGUUUCUACAGAAUUAAAUUUUCCUCUGUGGAUGACGGACCACACUUUAAAAUGGGAAGGCGUUUGGCGUGAACUCGGGUGUUUGGCCCGCAGUGCAUCAUUUGCCGUGAGGGAAGAGAGCGGCCACACUCUUAAAUCUGCCCUUUCUCACACAAUGGCAAUAGACACCAGGAAUUCUGCCAUCCUGCCCCGAAGAGGCGCCUUACUGCGGAUCAGCCAGGAGCUGGCAGGAUACACGGGUGGCGAUGCCAGCUUUCUCAAGGAGGACUUUGAAGUGCAGUUGAACAAACCUUUUAUCUGGGGUUCUGUAUUAUCUGCUUCUUUGUGGGGAGGGAUGCUCUUUCCUAUUGGGGGUCAACCUACAUCCAUUGCAGACAGGUUCUACCUGGGUGGCCCAACUAGUGUUCGAGGUUUUGGCAUGUACAGUAUAGGCCCCCAGAGUGAAGGUGAUUUUCUGGGUGGCGAAGCGUAUUGGGCUGGUGGGCUACACCUGUACACACAUCUCCCCUUCCGCUCGACCCGGGGUGGCCUAGCUGACCUCUUUAGAACCCACUUCUUCCUUAAUGCUGGAAACCUUUGCAACCUCAACUAUGGCGAGGGACCACGUGCACAUCUACAGAAGCUAGCAGAAUGUAUCCGGUGGUCUUACGGGGCAGGAAUAAUUCUACGACUGGGGAACAUUGCUAGGCUUGAACUAAAUUACUGCAUUCCCAUGGGAGUUCAAAGUGGAGAUAGGAUAUGUGAUGGUGUGCAGUUCGGUGCAGGCAUUCGUUUCCUCUGAUCACCUCUGAUGCAGGGAAUUGUGGGAUAGCUUUUUUGUAAUAUUUCUGAGUGUUGAACACAGGUAAUAGUAAUUCCUGCAUGCGCACUCUGAGAAAUCGCUUUUUUACAUGGAAGGCAAAAGGUUGAAUGAGGUUUCUUUAUUAUUGAUUUUUGCUGCAUACCUCUCAACCUUGAUGUGUUCAGAGUACACAGACGGCCAGUUUGCAUCAGAUGCUGAUACAGCUGUUUGCCGUAUGGGAAACUUUAAAACUAUUAAAAUGUAGGUACUAUAUCAUACGCAUACCGACCCCUUCAAUGUUGUUUAUCAAUGCUGAGAGAUGUACAAUAAAUGCUGUGCUAAGAAAAACAGCAUGUUCUUAGUCCAGACAGUAUUUUUGGAUGUAAUAUAAUAAUCCUUUUUAAAUGAGAAAAUGUAAUGUUUAAAUGAGUUUUGUCAACCCUGAUGCCAAACCUGAUACUGUAAGUGAAUUGAUUGUGACAGACCUGACUAAACCGUCCUUGAGUCAAAAGUUCCUUCAUGCGUCCACCAGCAGUGCUCUUAUUGUUAUUGCCGUUUUUAUUGUCCAGCUUUAUUGUAAUCAAAAAAAUAUUUUGCCUAAUACAUAAGAUUUAUGUAUUUUGAUUGCAUAUAGAAUUUCCAUCCAUUUAGAUUACAUAUUUUUUUAUAACAAAGUAAUAAAGUUAAUCUGAUACAAAUUUGUAAGACAUAUGAAAAUGAAACGAGUAAGAAUAAGUUUUAUGUAAUAAUAUUAAUAAAUAAAACGUGUUUUAAAUUUAUAAGAAACAUGAUCACAUAUUCUUACAUAUUAAACCCAAUUUAAUUCAUAUGCAUCACAUUGAAGUAAUUUUCAUUAAGAAAUCAAAAUCAAUUUGUAUUAAUUUAUUCCUGAAGAUAAAAAGUUAGACCACAUGGUUUCACAUUUUUUCACAAAUUUAUUAAUAGUUAACAACUGUUAAUAAAAAAAUUAUUCUUAAAGGGAGUAAAUACUAUGCAAAUCAGUUGAAUUUUACUUAAAUAUAUUAGGUAGCAAAGUAAACUAUAUGGCUUGGUUCAGAUCUAAAUGUAUACAUUUCAAGAAACCACCAUUAUUGUGAUCAGUGUUCGCUUUAGUUGGGCUCUUGACUCUUAUAUUUUAAUGAUAAGUUUUAUUGUCUGUUGUGACAGUGUGUGAAAAUACAUUUGUUGAGGCAAUGAAAACUAAGAUCAUUGGGAUCAAGUGAUUGGUGACUGUAAUCAUUGUGUCUAUAUGCAAUCAAAAUACAUAAAUCUUAUGUAUUAGGCCAAAUAUUUUUUUUGAGUGGUUCGUUUUGAGUUAGAGGGCAUGAGUGGUCCUAAGGAAAUAUUUGUGUGACACUAAUUUAAAAGAAAUGUUUUAGACACUCUUAUAACUUCUUCGUGAAAAUAAUUGAAAUAAAAAAAU